ACUCAUCCAAGAAGUUCAAAAAGAAGAAAAGCACAAUGGCGUGUAGAAACUUGGAUGAACAAUCUGUUCUGUAUAUGGUGAAAGAUUCGGUAUCUGCCUCGUAAAUACGCUAAUAUAUAAAUAAUUUUACUUUUUAAGUAAAAAUAUUUUGUAUAGUCUGAGCUAAUCGAACCUGAACCACAUGCGUUGUGUUGGUGAAGAAAAUCGAUGUUGUUUCCGAAAACCCCACUUACUCAGAGCCAUGUCUCUUUCCUCUCUCCGCGAUUCACUCAACCAUUCUUCCGCCGCGUCUUCUCUUCACUCAGUGGUGAAAACGACGCCGUGUUGGUGUCUCAGAUCCUUCUGCAACAUCACAACCCAUUCCACGCUAUGGAAUCGUGUCUCCAACUCCACGGCAUAACCCUAACCCCAAAUCUUCUCUCUCACACCCUCCUCCGCCUCAACCAUCACUCCAAGAUCGCACUCUCUCUCUUCAACUACUCCAAAUCACUCCCGAACCCACCCCUCACGACAACCUCGUACGACACCCUCAUCGACAUCAUGGGCAAGGUUCGACAAUUCGACGUUGCCUGGCAACUCAUAAUCGAAAUGGAUCAACGACACCUCACUCCGACACCUUCCACCUUCUUGAUCAUGAUACGCAGGCUCGUCGCAGCUGGUCUCACUCGACAGGCCGUUAGGGCUUUCGACGACAUCGACUCCUUCCAAAACGACAACACCAAAACGACAUCCGAACAUUUCUGCGUUUUGCUCGACACGCUUUGUAAGUACGGGUAUGUCAAAUUAGCCGUUGAGGUUUUCAACAGAAACAAGCAUAUGAAUAGGUUUAAGCCUGAUGCGAAAAUGUACACUGUUUUGAUAUAUGGUUGGUGUAAGUUGGGUAGAGUUAAAAUGGCUCAAGCGUUCUUGAAUGAGAUGGUGGAGAAUGGGAUUGAGCCUAGUGUUGUGACUUAUAAUGUGUUGUUGAAUGGGGUUUGUAGAAGGGUGAGUCUUCACCCUGAGGAGAGGUUUGAGAGGACUAUAAGGAAUGCAGAGGAGGUGUUUGAUGAAAUGCGCAAGAGAGGGAUUGAGCCUGAUGUGACUAGUUUCUCGAUUGUGCUUCAUGUUUAUAGCAGGGCGCAUAAGCCACAGUUGUCGCUUGAUAAGUUGAGAUUGAUGAAGGAGAAAGGGAUCUGCCCGACCGUGGCGACGUAUACUUCGGUUGUUAAGUGUCUUUGUUCAUGUGGGAGGCUUGAUGACGCUGAGAGUUUGCUUGAUGAGAUGGUGAGGAAUGGAGUGAGUCCUUGUGCUGCAACAUACAAUUGCUUCUUUAAGGAGUAUAGAGGGAGAAAGGAUGCAGACAGUGCUUUGAAGUUGUUUAAGAAAAUGAAGGACGAUGGUUUGUGCUUGCCAACUUCACACACAUACGGUAUUUUGAUUGGGAUGUUUUUGAAGUUGAAUCGAAUUGGGGUUGUGAAAGAAAUGUGGCAUGAUAUGAAACAGUCUGGGGUUGGACCGGAUUUGGAUUUGUAUACAGUUUUGAUACAUGGGUUAUGUGAGAGACAGAAUUGGAGGGAGGCUUGCCAUUUUUUUGUUGAGAUGAUAGAGAAUGGGUUUCUUCCUCAGAAAGUUACUUUUCAGACCCUUUAUAGGGGCCUAAUACAGUCUGAUAUGUUGAGAACUUGGAGGAGAUUGAAGAAAAAGCUUGAUGAAGAAUCCAUAACAUUUGGUUCAGAAUUUCAAAAUUAUCAGUUAAAGCCGUAUAGGAGAUAAACUUAUCAUACAUAAGGACUCGGAGAGGAUGAUUGGCAGUGCUAGAGAGGAUGGUGGACUUUACUACUUUGAGGAG